CUGGACUCACAAAGCUUGCGGAUGGCAGUCUACUAGAGCCACCUGGCGCCUUUCCAGAAACUCGUAAUCUGGUUUGAAACGUCCCUUCAUGACGCAAUAUGCGCGCGCCCCGUUCGCGGAUACCGGCCGGGAGCGGCCAUUUUCCAACCAAUUGCCGUACAUUGUGCGAAGGUGUACUCACACCUUUUGCGCAAGGCACAGGACAAUGAGAAGCAAUGGAAAACUACCAAUUUUGCUCUAUAUUCAGGCCAACUCAACUAUUGUGCUUCCCCAAUCUGAGAAAGCGGAGCGGCCAUAUUGCUUAGCGAUAAUUCUUGGAGAUUUAGAAUCCGCACUUCGAAAGUACUACUGAGUCUGCGUAAUAGCAGCAGAGGCGGGACAGCGACACCGUGAGCGGAAGCGGAAAUGACGUAUUGGUUUUUGGCCUUCUGGGUCAUAAGGUUUUGGGACUCUACGUUUUAGGUUAUUUUGGAUUUCUUCGAAAAGACUAGGAAUCGGGCUCUGUGGGGAUUCCGUGACUUGGCAUGUGGCUUGUGAAGGGUACUCGUGGGGAGUUGUUUAAGGCGGCUUUCUGGGAGUUUCGGGUGCUUUGGGCAGUGAUACUGAGGGUGCGAGUGGUCCAUAUCGCGUCCCUGACCCUGGGGAGAGGAGUUGGGAGAGCCACAGAACGAGGGGACCUCCGAAGUGUGUUCAGUGAGGGCAGGAGCUGGUUAGUCAUCUAGGGCUUCUGUGGUUCGGGUGUGCGGACCCGGAGCGUCCCGUGUUGGGGUCCGCGUGGGCGUCGGUGUCUGGAGCUGUGAACGGUAGCAAGAAGGUUGGGGGUCAACAUUGGCCUCGGUGAUGGAAGAGGCUGGUGGUGUUGAAACGAAGGAGGCUUCAGGAGGGCGGUGAUUUGGUUGCGUAAUAAGCGUUGGGAUGCUAAAUUUCCCGAGUUUUUAUACUGAAAAAUUUCAAGCAUCCAGAAAAGUUAAAAAAAAAAAAUAGAAAAAUGUUUUUUUGAGAUAAUUAAAUGGUUCUUCCUAAACUAUGCUUGCGUUCCUGAAAUAAAGGUAAUUUAAUCAUUAUACCCGUUACUGUUGAGUCAAUUCCGAUUCAGCGACCCUGUAAUAGGACAGAGUGGAACUGCCCCAUAGGCUUCCAAGAUGGAUUUGAACUGCUGGCUUUUUGGUUAGGCAGUCCUUUACCACUGUGCCACAAGGGCCCCAAACGUAACUUGGUUGUAAUAUGAUAAAUUCUCUUCACCUUUUGUUCGAUACGUUGCUGUUCUUGGUGCUGUCCAGUUGGUUCAGUUUGGACUCAUGGUGACCCUCUGUGGGAUAGAAUGAAACACUUCCCAGUCCUGCACCAUCCUCACAAUCAUUGAUAUGUUUGAGCCCACUGUUGCAGCCACUGUGUCAGUCCAUCUUGUUGAGUGUCUUCCUUUUUUUUUUUUUACUGAUCCUUUACCAAGCAUGAUGUCUUUUUUCCAGGGUUCAGCCCCUCCUGAUAACAUGUCCAAAAUAUGUAAAAUGAAGUCUCGCCAUCUUUGCUUCUGAGUAACAUUCUGACUGUACUUCUUCCAAGAAAGAUUUGUUUGUUCUUCUGACAACCCAUAGUAUAUUCAGCAUUCUUUGCCAACAGUGUAAUUCAAAGGCAUCAAUUUUUCUUUGGCCUUCCUUAUUCAUUGUCCAGCUUUCGCAUGCAUAUGACUCGACUGAAAAUACCAUGACUUAGGUCAGGUGCACCUUAGUCCUCAAAGUGACAUCUUUGCUUUUUAACACUUUAAAAAGGUCUUUUUGCACCACAUUUGCCCAAUGCAAUAUGUGGUUUGAUUUCUUGAUUGCUGCUUCCAUGGGCGUUGAUUGUGGGUAUGGCUUUCUAAUAUUUUAUUUAGGGUUUUCACAGCUAAGCUCAUAAACUAGAUUGACUUUUAAAUAUUGUUUUUCAUGCUGUUCUUGAAAUCUGUAUUGUUCAAUUUUCACAUGCCCUGCCAAAGACAGAGUUGCAUUUUACUUCAGAGUUUCCAGAGACGCGAUAUUGAGAGCAUCUAAGUUAUGUUAGUAUAUUUCUCAGCUAUCCUGACAUAUGUGCAUUAGCUUCAGUGUGAAAUUAAUUCUUCACAACCAGCACAGGAGAUACAGUUAGGGUUUUGUGUGACACUGAGGUCCAAAAAAGAGAGGCACAGAUUUGAGAUUCAGUUGAAACUUCAUAGAAGUUUAAGAAUAUGUACUUUGUCUUUUGAGGCAGACAUUCUAUAUUUGUUUUGCUUUUUGUAGGUAAAAAGUUCCCUGUAUUGAGCUAUAAUUUACACACAGUAACAUUCACCAUAUUUUGUCUGCAAUUUGAUGAGUUUUGACAAAUGUGUAUCAUCAUGCAGUACCACCUUAAAUCAAUAUCUAGAACCUUUCUAUCAACCCUAAGUGUUAUUUUGUGCCCCUUGCAAUUGAUCACAUUCACUGUUCUCUGUCCCCUGACAAUCACUGUGUGCUUUCUAUAGGUGUGUAUAUUCUGGGACUUCAUAGAAAUGGAAUUAUACUGUACGUAGGCUUUGGUGUCUGGUUUCUUUCCUUUAACAUAUACUUUUGAGAUUCGUCCUUGUUUUUGUAUGUAUCAAUAGUUCAUUCCUUUUUACCGGGGAGUAGUGUUCAGUGGCACAGAUAUACCACAAUAUGUUUACCCAUUCACCAGUUGAUAAGUAUUUGAAUUUUUUCUAGGUUUUGGCUAUUAUGAAUAAAGCUACAAUGUAUAGUCAUAUACAAAUCAAAGUGGUUGUACCAUUUUGUAUUUUCACCAGCAGUGCAUGAGAUUUCCUGUUACUUCACAUCCUUUCCCAGGGCUUUGAACUGGUUCAUUCUGGUUCAAACCCUUGCUGAGAACUUGCAUUUUUCACUCCUCAGAUAUACUGAAUCAGACUCUACAUUUUAACAAGGUCCCCAGGUGAUUUCUUAUGUGUGAUAUUCUGAGAACCACUGCUUUUAAUAGUGGUUCUCAGAAUUGGUCCCUAACUGGCAGCAUUAGCAUGGCAUGGGGACUUGUUAGAAAUGCCGAUUCUCAGCAGGGGUUCAAACCAGUAAGAAUUGGUUAGACUCCCUGCCUUGUCCAUACACCGUAAUAUCAGUCUUUUUAAUUGUAUCCAUUCCAGUAGGUAAGUAGAUUAUUUCAUUUUGGUUUUAAUUAACCAACAUAAAGCAACUUGUCGUGUGCUUUUCACCAUUUCUGUUUUUUUUUCUUGUGAUGUUUCUGUUCAUGUUUUAAAUUGCAUUAUUUCUUAUUGAGUUGGAAAAGAUUUUUAUAUUUUUUGGAUAGAAGUCCAUUGGCAGAUAUAUGCUUUGCAAAUAUUUUAUCCAACCCUUGGGCUUUACCUGUCUUCCGUUUUUUUUUUUAAGUGUUUUUUGAAGAUCAGAAGUUUUUAGUGUUGAUGAAAUCUAAUUCACCAAUUCUUUUUUUUUUUUUUUUUUAUCAUGGCUGAUGGAAACACUAACUAUUCCUAACCUUGUGUGAGCUCCAGGAAUUGUUCUGCCUGUUCUUUCCCAGUGAUUCUUUCCAUGGCUUUCCUAGUUCCCCAUAGUUGAUUCAUCAGAGACUCAAAGGAACCAUCUGCAUAUCUGCAGAGUACAGAGCUCUGUCUUUCUCUUUUUCUUGUGUACUGCCUUUGCCUCCACAAGCUUUGACUUGUAGACUCUUUUUGGGUUCCUUCUCCCUGUCCUGAGCCCUGGAGACUUUGCACAGACAGUAAGCUACAGCACAUGAGGGGCUCACCUUGUUUGUUUCUCUUCUUCUCUGCCUUGUGUGUCUGAAAAUAGUUGUUUUAGAUAUUUUUUCCAUUACUUUUAUAGUCAUUUAUGAUGGGAGGGUAAUUCUGCCCCGAAGCAGAAUCUUAUCAGCCUAGAGGGUUUGUAUUUUAACCUUUGCUUCACAAGUUACUAGCUGUGUAACUUUUAGCUAGGUGCUUGAUCUUUCCAUUCUUAGUUUUCUCUAAAGUGGAGUAAUCACGUUGUUGUGUGCCAUCAGGUUGAUUCUGACUCAUAGUGGCCCUAUAGGACAGAAUAGAACUGCCCCAUGGGGUUUUCUAGGCUGUAUUGUUUUCAGGAGCAGAUCACCAGGUCUUUUCUCCUGUAGAGCUGCUGAGGGGUUCAAACCACCAACCUUUUGGUUAGCAGUGAAGUGCUUAACCAUUGUGCUACCAGUGCUCAUUGGACUAAUUAUAGUCUGCACCUUAUAGGGUUGUUGUGACGAUUAAAAGAGAUAAUAACUCAGUUAAAACAGUCUUUUAUAUGUGUAGUAACUUAUUAUUAUUAUUGCCACAUAAAAACAAAUCUUGGUUUGAAUCCAUAGGUACUGGCUUCCUAGAAGCAGACGGCUCCUAUAAGGGAAGAAAGUAGAUCUCAGGUCCAGAAAUUCAUCCUUGCUGAGGAUACCCUUGAUGAGAGACCAUUUCCAGAAUUUCAGGGCAGACAGAUCCUAGGGGUACUCGCCAUUUCCAGAGGGCUGCUGAAAAUGAUCGAGUCCCAGGGAUUAUUGUCAUUCAAUGAUGUGGCUGUGGACUUUUCCUGGGAAGAGUGGCGGCUCCUAGAUCCUAUUCAGAAGAGCCUUUACCGGGAUGUGAUGUUGGAAAAUUACAGCAAUCUGAUGUCAUUGGGUUAUGAAACCACCAAGCCAGAAGCAGUUGUCCUAUUAGAAAAAGGAGAACAAAGGAUAGUAGAGAAUGAAUUCCCAAGUCGGUGCAGUCCAGAAGUAAUCUGGCAAGUUUAUGAUUGCUGUCAGGAAAAUAUUGAGAAGGAUGAACCUGUGGACAGAGACCGUGACAACACAUUGAGGAAAAUAGUCUCUCUGAGCAAAAACUUUGUUCCUUUAAUAGCAAGACCCUAUAAAUGUGUCUCAAAAGGAAUAAGUUUGAAACAAAAUUCAGAUUCAAAUUUUCAGAGUAAAAACUAUGCAGAAAUGAACUGCGAUGAGUUAAAUGGUCUUGGGAAAUCAUUUUUCCACACUCAACAUGAAAAAUUCCACCCUCAAGUCCAAUGCUACAAACAUAAUUCAUGUGUAAAGACUUUCAACGUAAUGGCAAACCUUAAAAGGGAUCACAGAAUUCACACAGAUGGGAAACCUUAUGAAUGCAGUGAAUGUCCAAAGUCCUUCAGGUAUAAGUCAAAGCUCAUCAUCCAUCAGAGAACUCAUACAGGAGAGAAACCAUAUGGAUGCAGUGAAUGUCAGAAAGCUUUCAGUACAAAAUGUUAUCUCACGCUGCACCAGAGAACUCAUACGGGAGAGAAACCAUAUGGAUGCAGUGAGUGUCAGAAAUCCUUCAGAACAAAAUAUCACCUCAUUCUACACCAGAGGACUCAUACAGGGGAGAGACCCUAUGAAUGCAAAGAAUGUGGAAAAGCUUACAGGGAGAAAACAAAACUCAGAUUACACUACAGAACUCAUACAGGAGAGAAACCUUUUAAGUGUGGUGAUUGUGGAAAAGCUUUCAUCCAGAAGUCAAACCUGAUUAUUCAUCAACGAGGUCAUACAGGAGAUAAGCCCUAUGGAUGCAGAGAAUGUGAAAAGGCCUUCUGUAGUAAGUCUCAGCUCAUUGUUCACCAGCGAAUUCAUACUGGAGAAAAAUCCUAUGAAUGUAGUGAAUGUGGGAAAGCCUUCAAUAAAAACUCACACCUCACAACACAUCAGAGAAUUCAUACAGGAGAGAAACCUUAUGAAUGCAGUGAAUGUGGAAAAGCAUUCAUACAUAUGUCACAGCUCAUUGUACAUCAGCGAACUCAUACAGGACAAAAACCUUAUAAAUGCAAGGAAUGUGGGAAAACCUUUAAUAAGAAAUCACACUUCAUUACACAUCAAAGAAUUCAUACAGGAGAAAAACCUUACGAAUGCAGUGAAUGCGGAAAAGCUUUUAUAGAUAACUCACAGCUUAUUGUCCAUCGGAGGACUCAUACAGGAGAGAAACCCUAUGAAUGCAAGGAAUGUGGGAAAGCCUUUAAUAAAAAAUCAUCUCUCAUAACUCAUCAGAGAAUUCAUACAGGAGAGAAACCUUAUGAAUGCAGUGAAUGUCGAAAAGCUUUUAUAGACAAGUCACACCUCAUUGUCCAUCAAAGAACUCAUACAGGAGAAAAACCUUAUGAAUGCAGUGUAUGUGGAAAAGCUUUCUUACGAAAGGCAAUGCUCAUUGUCCAUCAGAGAAUACAUACAGGAGAGAAACCCUUUGUCUGUCUUGAAUGUCAGAAAGCCUUUAGCAGUAUGGCAAUGCUCAGUAGACAUCAGCUGAUUCAUACAGGAGAGAAACCCCAUGGAUGCAAUGAAUGUGGUAAAGCCUUCCGACAGAAAAGUCAUCUCGUUAUUCACCAACGAUGCCAUACUGGAGAGACACCCUAUGGAUGCAUUCCAUGUGGGCAAAUCUUCAACCAAAAGUCACAGCUCAUUAGACAUCAGAGACAUCACACAGGAGAAAAACCAUACCAGUGUAGUGAAUGUGGGAAAGCAUUUUUUGAAAAAUCAUAUCUCAGUGUCCACCAGAGAAGUCAUGCAGGAGAAAAACCCUACCAAUGUAAUGAGUGUGGAAAAACGUUCUCUGUCAAGUUUUUUCUCACUUCACAUCAAGAAAUUCAUACAGGAAAGAAACCUUAGGAACACAGUGAGGGCUGGAAAGACUUUAGUGAGAUGUCAGAUCCUGAAUACAAGAACUCAUACAAGAAACACCCUAUGAAUACACUGAGAAUUGGGAUAUUUUUAUAAUAAUUUUAGACUUUGUAAGCAUCAGAAAACUCAACCAGGAGAGAAAUCUUUUAAAUGUAGUGAACAUGGAAAACUGUCUCCCAAUGAUGUAGCCUCAUAUUUUAUCAGGGAAGUUAUAGAGAAGAAAGACAGUAAGAAUAAAUCAAAUGGUGGAAAUCGUGUCUUGAGAAGUUACAUUAUAUGUUACACAGUAAUGAAAACUUUUGAGUGCAGCACAUGUUGGAACACUUUUCAGAAAACAUAGGUCAUCGUAAAUUAGACAAUUUUCUCUGAGGUAAAAUCCCACGGAUGCUGUGAAUGCUGAAACACCUUUCCCAUAAAUAACUUUUCCUUUCAUACCAAAGAAUACAGAUGACUGAAGACCUGUGAAUGGGGAUGCUUCUGACAUGAAGUACAACUUUACAGUGGAUCAGGUAAUAUUUAUUGAGAAAUACAUAAUUAAUGAUGUUGGAGACUGUUCACAUAUAAACAAUUUUGUAAUACAAAUCCUGAUUCUGCCACGUUAUCAUAUAUAUAGAAAACAUAGCACUAAGUAGUCAGUUAUGAAGAGCAGAUAGCAUCAAUGUGGUAAAUAACACUUUGUUACAUGUUUGGUUAUACAGAAUAGUUAGAGCCGUAAAUUAAGAUCAGUCUCAGAUGUAUGUAUUUGCUUUGUGUCUGAGUGUUUUUGUAGAAUAUCUAUAUAGCAAUUUUCAAAUUUCACAGGGUAAUGAAAGAAAAUCGUCAGCCAUGAAAUUCCUUUUCUGGUUUUUAUGUGUAGUAACUACCGAAAAAAUGUCCAUAUUUUAAGUACGUAGAUCAUAUAAUUUGUAAGGGACGUAGUCAAGUUCCCCAUUAAACAAGAACUCUGCAAUACACCGCCUAGUACCUUUGUUUUCCUGAGUGGUGAUACAUGUAAAUGGAUCUGAUAGUCCUUUUGAAUAAUAAUGCCAAGCUUUUUUUUUUUUUUUAAUUUUUCUUCUGGUCAGAAAAAAUACUCAUUAAAAAUAUCGAGAUUUAGAAGUGAUGAUUGAUCACAGCUCCUCUGUUUCCAAAUGAGUUCUAAAAAGUGAAACAGCUGAUGUUUUCAAGAAAAUGAAGACUGAAAUGUCAUUUCGUUGAUGGGGAAUGUGGCUUGGACUUACGGUUUUUAUAGGUUUUUAUAAGUCAAGUGUGCUUCCUGCUGCUUUCCACCAAAAUCUAGUAAUUUGGGUAUAACUCCAUAAAGGUAGUCUCAGUUUCAUAUCAGACACACUUUGAUGCAAACAGCUGACUCACAUUCAUCAUCCUUCCACAGUAGAAACUGAGAAGAAAUAGUCUGUAUAUAUGCCUUGUUAAGGCUCACUCUGCAUCUCCUACUACUGGUGCUAACCACCAUGACAGCAGACUUAAGAGACAGUGGCUUCAUACUGCAGACAGACUAACCCAAAUACAGAAAAAGGGAGUCUAGACCAGCCAUGCAAAAACUUUUGAUAACUCACAAAUAUGAUAACCACACUGUUCUUCCUUUGCAGAGAAGUCGAUAAGGGCAGAGGAAGAAGUGUGUAGAGUGUUCUUCCCAAUACUAUGGAAGUAGUUGAAGUUGCUUUUUAAUAAGUCCAGUUAUAAACAUGCGAAGAUACAGAAAAUGUUUCAGCCUACUAAAACAGGAGGGGGGAGUCUUGCUAAUUAUGUUGAAUAUGCGAGUUUAUGAAAUACAUGUUCAUAUAAGAAUACUGAAAACAGCAAAGAUACAUGCCUGAGAGCCACAUACAUCAAAGAGAUGAAUGUCACCAACAUACAGUGCAAAAACUAGUUGCAUAAGAUUACAUCCAGUACAGCUGUGUCAGUUAUCAAUGCAUUGCUUCUCAGACACAAAUCUUCCCUUCUUAGCCCCUGGAUUUGGAUGUUGUGAACAUUUCUCCUUUGCCAGCUAGUGCACUUACUUUUACGUAACUUAAAACUGAUAUUUAGGUAACUUACCUGACGUAGUAAAAACCAAAACCAAACCUGUUGCUGUUGAGUCAGCCUGUGAUUGGUCUAUUUUACACACCUCGUAGGGAUCAGUCAAUAUACUUAUACAAAUGAAGUGACCUGACUUGAUAAGCAAAAAAUAAAUAAAUAAAAAUAAAAACAUGUAGAUCCUGGUAGGAGUUCAGUUUCAUUCUUAUAUUCCAAUUUUGCACUAUGGUAACUUUACAAGGCUUUAGUGAACAGGAUGUAAAGCCCAGGACCCGCCCAAGAUAGGUAAUUUGAUAGGAAACACCAUUUGAGAUUCCCAAAGAGUGAAGACCUCUAUUUGAGAGUGAAAAAUAAUCACAAUGCAGAAGAUGCACAAGGAAACUGGCCUGUUUUGAAUAUGUCAUUGACUGGAGAGAAACAACCCUGUUUUCCCCCCACCCACAUAAUUAACUUUUUUUAAUGGACAUAUAGAACACUCCAAGAAGUAGAGAAGGCAAAUUCUUUUCAUGUAAACAUGGAAUAAAUAUAAAAACUGACCACAUAUUUGGCUAUAAAGCAAGUCUUGUUUCAUACAGCUGACAUUCUCUGAACACUGCACUUAAAUCAGAAAUGAAUUAUAAAAAGAUAAUUAGGGAAACAUCAAACUACUAAGUACCUCAUGAAUAAAAUAUGUACAUAUAUUAGAAACUGAAUAAUAAUGACAACAUUAAUCAAAUAUUAGAGGCAAUUUAAGUCUCUCUUUGGGCUGCAGGAUAUCUCAGAUUUAUUUCUGAUGAAGUAAGUUCAUUUAUGUGACCUUUUGCCUUGGUUCUUUGGAAAAACAGCUUGAGAGAUUUUUCCCCUAAGCCCUGAGGAGUUACCUUUGCCCACUUUUCUACCCCAGAGCAUUUGUUACCUUUGUCCAGAUUGAUUGAUAUUUCCUGGGUAAGCUGUAAACAGCUUGUGGUUUGAUACUUUUUCUCUGGCCCUGGGCUGCAGCCUGCCCUUCCUGGGAUUGGUCAGUAUACUUAUGCAAAUGAAGUGACUAUAGACUACUAUGCACAUGAAGCAACUGUGCCCUACCAAGAGAGGAUUGGUCAGUUUGUGGCCCUGGUGGGAGGGCCAUGCCUUGAAACUGACCAGGAGUUUGCUUACAUGUGCAGCCAGCCCCACAGAGGUUUGCAGACAGAAAAGAAAGAAGCAGCAAAAAGGCAAGGGAGGCAAGAAGAGAAGCAGCAGAAAGACGGGAUGUGAGGAACCUCCCAAAAGAGCUGUAACACAGGUUAGAAGUAAUACUGAAGACAGUGAGAAGCCUGGAAGGGGCCCUGCAGCAGAACUGGCAGCAAGCCACCUGGAAGGGGCCUUGUGGCAGAGUCACUGGUGACAGCAGAAACCUGCUGCUUAGAAUCUGCCUGAGAGAGCUAAACAAAACUGCUACCCUGGUCAUGAGUUGGGUCAGUUAGCAAUGGAGAGGAAACCAGCAGGGAAGCCGAAGGCAGAGAGGCCUGCAAGGCUGAAAAGGGCAGCAUGGCCAAAAGGAGGCUUGUCCUCAGGGGGUUGAGAAGAGACCUGCACAGCUAUGAAGGCACAUGCAUGGCCAAGAGGAGACCUGCCCUGAGGGGGCUGAGAGGGGGCAUGCACAGCAGAGAGGAGCUAAGAAAGCUCUCCUGCACUGAAGAAGGGAGGAAUGUGUUCUCCACUUAGGGGGAGCCUUGCAGACUGUGCCUACAUGCUUCCUGAUCCUAAGUUGUAGCCUGUUGAUUCUGAUCUCGAGGUGUACCCUGUUACUUCCUUAAUAAACCACUUAACUGUAAGUAUGGUCAGUGAGUUACUUGUGGCCAUUGCAAUGAGUUAUCAAACCUAGCAGAGAAGUAGAGAGUGCUGUGGGGAAGAGGGCUGGUGUCAGAAUUGGUAAAAGCUUGGACAAAGGAGGUAUGUCUGACCUCCUCAUAAGAAUUAUCUUGGGCUGAUGGUUAUUCUCUGUCCUGACAUUAGAGGAGUUCAGGCACUACUAGAACAUUACAAUUUCUUAAUUUCUAAAAUUAUAUGAUUUUUAUAGGUAAUUUUUGUCAUUAAAAUGUUGAAAACUAAUGAUCUAAAGCACUGCAAAACAGGAGAGAGAGGAUAAAGAAAAGAGCAGUAAUUAGUGAAAUAGAAAACAAUGAAGAAAAGAGCAGUAAUUAAUGAAAAAGAAAACUGAUAAGAGUACAUCAGCAAGGUCAAAAAUUGGUUCUUUGACGGUAGUAACAUAACCGACAAACACUAGGCAACAUUGAUCAUGAAGAAAAGAAAAUUAAAAAAAUCAGUAUUAGAUGCAAGGCAGUUCAGUGGGAGAAAGAUGUAAAAAUGACGUGGUGGAGGCAUCAAACCUCCCCUAACUUCACAGGGGGGACGGAGAAUCAUUAUCAGCAUGAACAGCCCAAAGCCGAUUCCUAUGAGGUGGAGGUCAGACAUGCCUCCUCUAUCCAACCAUUUUACCAAUUCUGACACCAACCAUCCCUCACACAAUAAUUGAUUGCAGUGGCCAUAUAGAACUCAGAGAUAAUACUCAUGUUUAUGGGCUUUAUUAGGGAAAUAACAGGUUACAAUUCAGUAUCAGAAAUGACUCGAUAUAGUUCUUUGAUCAGGACAGCCUCUUUCUCCCCCUCGGCCCCUCUGCCCAGCCUCUGCCCUGCUCGGGCAAGUGCUUACAUCAGGGCUGUUUAUCUCUGCCGAUAAGUGCCCAGGGACCCCACUCCAGCAGCAAGCCUCCUGCCCAAAGGCGCUCAGCACACUCAAUCCAUGGGCCUGGAAGCCCACUAUGCUGCCUCCUCCUGGCCUCCUUGUUCUUCUGCCUCUGCUUUUUGAGGUUUCCGGUGUUACAGCUCUGUCCGAUUCCUGGGUCUAGGAGUGUCUCAAUCCAGGAAUCUUGGAUCCAAAGGAUGUACUCUGCUCCUAUUGCUUCUUCUUCCUUUCUGCCUCUAGGAUGGCUCAUUUUAAUCCUAGGAUGGCAAAACUGACCAAUCCUCUCAUUAGGGCUCUGUAUACCUUAUUUGCAUGGUCCCGCUCCCACAAUGGUACCAUACAUCUUAUUUGCAUUAUUAGGAAGCUGAUCCCUUGGUGGGCCACAAGCACCUUGUUCGCAUAGUCCCACCAAAUGUUUUGGUGGGAGGUACAAGACUGACAAGAAAAGAGAUCCAUCACACUGCAAAAGGAUAGUCUUGAACAAAUGGGACGCAGACAGUUGGAUAUCCACAUGCAAGACAACUCUCACCUCAUACCAUACACAAAAUACUAAUUCAAAAUGGAUUAUAAAGCUAAAGUAAAGCUAUAAACCUAUGAAUUAUAUACCUUUUAUAAAAAAAUACAGGAAAAAAUUUUUGUGACCUUCAUCAAAGUGUAUCUAGAACACCCCUAGGUAUCUACCCAAGAGAAAUGGAAACAUUUGCACACAAAGUACUAUGCAAAUGUUCAUAGCAGUAUUAUAAUAAAAGCCUUUGAAAUAUGUUUGUAUUUAUAAGAGAACAAUAAAUUUGGGAAAUGUUCUAUGAGUGCUUGAAAAGUCUGAAUUUUGCAAGUUUUUGAUAUAUAAAGCAAAAAUACUGCCUGUAAUGCAGUGUAAGGAAUUGUCUAAAUUCAUGAGGGAUAAGAAUCAGGAUCAGCACACAGCUGGUUCCUAGGAGGUGGAGGUCAGAUAAACCUCUGCUCUCCCAACUUCUUCACCAUUUCUAACACCAGCAGUCCCUUCCACUGCACUCUAUACUUCUCUGCUGCGUUUGAUAAUUUUGUUGCCAUGGCCAUACUCACAGGUAUGUGGUUCAUUAGGGAAGUAACAGGCUACAACUUGGUAUCAACAUCUGGAAGCACAUCCCCAAAAUGGAGAACACAUCUCGGCCUUCUUCAGUACAGGACAGCUCUCAGCUGCUCUCUGCCAUCAGGUUCCCCUAAUGUUGGCCUCCUUGCUGCUAACUGACCCAGCUCAGCUUCAGGACUGCUGGAUCCCCACAUGGCUCUGCUUCUCUGUCAGCCCAGCUUUCAGCUAACAUCUUUCAGCUGCAGCCUUUUUUUUUUUUUCAACCAGUCCUGGGUGGGGCCUCUGUGUCCCAAAGGACAUGCUCCUUUCCCAGCUCCUAUCAACCAGGAGACCACUAAAACCUCUGCAUUUUAGCCAUUUAUAUAUCCCAGUCCUCAUAAGUUACAAGGUGGGACUCCCUCACCAGACUAAAGUUCAACUAAUCAUCAAUUACCCAUGAGAUGUCAACCAACCCAGGUCUUGUACAAAAAUAACCUUUUCUGCUGGCAGAAACCAGCUUAUCUCCUGAGCAAAAGUAACAACCCUCUGGUGUAGAAAGCAACGUAGGAGGUCCCCAAAUUCCUACUCCACAAAGAACUAGGGCAAAGUAAUAACUCCUCAGGGCUUAGGGGGAAAAUUUCCCAAACUUUUUCCAAAGAACCAAGGCCAAAGGCCACAUAAAGAA